AUGCGCUGGACGAUAGCCCUCAACCUCGCCUUGGCGGUCUCGAGCGUCGCCGCGCAAGGCUUUGCCGCCUGGGACCUCUCCGUCCCAAAACGUUUUCGGGCACCCGCGAUCGAAGCUCAACUGCAAGUCGCCAAGGCCGCUCUCAAAGCACAAGGAGUCGACAUCCUCCGAAGAUCAGACGACGACGUGACGAAUGUAGCCGAUAUCUUGGAUGAGCCAUCGGCGCCCCUGUCGGAAGCGACGAACGAGAUCCCAGCUUCGCGCACCGCAAUUCGUUUCGGCAGCUCUUCGGGGGGCGAGAGAGACGCUGUAGUCCAUAACCCUCUCAUCACCGCACCUGUUAAACGAGGGUGCGCUCCCGUCUACAGCGGGUCCCGAACGACGAUCAAAGGUACGGGGACGUUGCCGAAGCCGACGACGUUCGUGCAGCGCUCGGGGCAGGCGUUGAAGGUCAACGGAGGUAAUUUCCGCAUCGUUGGGACCAACAUCUACUGGCUCUGCAAUGACGAAAAUGUCGGACUGCCCAAGGGCUUGCCGACCGACAAAGGCCGAGUGCGCGAGGCUUUGUAAGUCGAUGCCUCUCGAUGGUUGGGGUGCUAACGAAGAGAGAUGCCUGAAAAGCUGAUCGACACUUACAAUCUUUGACAGAGCUGCCGCGGUUGCCUUCGGCGCCAACACCGUUCGCUUGACAACGUGCGCAACCAGUCUCGGCUCGCCAACUCUGUUGCAGCCCAUUGCAACUAACUUUGCAGACGAGAUCUACUGGGACAUUCACGACUAUGUGCUCUUUGCCGCACGCGAGUACGGACUCCGCGUCGUCCUUCCUUUGACCGACAAGUGAGUCCUCUUCCAAAGUGGCCCUGCGCAUUCAUUAAAAGCGAAGAAUUUCGAUUUAUUACUGGCAUGGCAUACUUCUACACCAUCAGCUACGACUACUAUCACGGUGGCAAGUACACCUUUCUGCGCUGGAAGAACCUGUCGUCGGGUCAAUACGGAGCCCAAUUCUUCACGAAUUCGCAAGCGUGGAGCGCGUACAUGGGGUAUGUUCGCACGGUGAUGAAUCGAAGGAACAAGUACUCCCGAGUGCAGUACAAGAACGACCCGACGAUUUUGGCUUGGGAGACGGGUGAGUGCUUGUCAAAGUGCAAGGUUGGCUUGUAGUCGAAUUACGGAACUGACCCGGAGGAUUCUAUCCGUGACAGGGAAUGAGCUCGGCGCGUAUUUCGGUCGCGAGGGCUACCCUCCCCAAGCUUGGACGGGCAAGGCUGCUGGUCGUGAGUAUUCCGGUACCCUGGCAUAAGCGUUUUACCUUGCCAGUCCUGAUCAUGCCUUUCCGUUUCUCUGUUGCCCGUAGUCAUCAAAGGCCUCGCACCCAACACCCUUGUGAUCGACGGCACCGAUGGUCUCUGGAACUACACCACGGGUGCGAUCCCCCAAGGUGGAAAACUCAGCAUCGUCGACAUCGUUACCGAUCACGUCUAUCCGCGCAACUGGGGGAUCAUCAAAAAGGAGAUCUCGAUCGCACAGGGGUUUGGCAAGAACUUCCUCCUCGGUGGUGAGUCCCUAAAGGCUCAGCGCGGGCUCGCUUCUAAUGGCACGUCCUCACCUUGAAAAUUUUCCCUCCGCCUCAUCAGAAUUCGACUGGACGGACAGCAAUGGUGGUGACAGCUUGAGCAGCUUCUUGGCGCAAGCACGGAAGCAGCCUACGCUCGGGGCUCUCGUCUGGAAUAUGUUCGCCCACGAUGCGCAAUGCUGCAACUACGUCACCCACAACGAGCCUUACAGCAUCUACUAUCCCAAUUGUAACUCGGCAUCCGACCAAGAAAAAGUACUGCAGCUAUCACAGUUCUUCUACAAGGCGACGGGUCGCACAGCGCCGAGAACCUUGGUCGCCGUCGCGUGUCCUCAGCCUGUCUUCUAG